CUCACAGGCGUGCAAAGUAGAGGUGUGCCUACUGUCUUGCUUCAGGCCACUUCUCUUUCAGUGGAGUGGAACAGGAAGAAACCUAGUAAAGAUUGACGUUUGUCAACUUCUUUUCAUACGGCAUCCUCUUCUUGCAUUAUCUUUGGUGCUUGCCAUCUUCUCACGAAUUCGUCCACACCAACUAGGACUCGCGUCUGUUUGAUGGCUUGACUAUAUACCCUUACAGCGUCAAGAACAAUAUAUUAAACACACUCAACUUAGAAGAUCAACAUCAAGGUCCCCAGAACACAAUGGUAGCUCUAGCCAGCAAGGCGAGCCUAGUCGUGCUCCGCUACGCUGCAGUGGUGUACUAUCUUUUGGGCGCAACGACAUCAAACUUGUUUGUGCUGGGGCGGGUAUUCACUGC